ACGCGCUCCCUCUCCAUCCCGCCCACCACCACCAAUACAUACCAGCGCUACCAAGCCGAGGUGAUCUACCGCCUCCCUGACAGGCUCUUUAAUCCCAUCUUGCUCCAUCUAUCUGUCUGCUGCAAAGACGCCAGCUUUUCCUAACUUUAUCUGCCCCUUGGCCUCUUCCCUCACAUGCCCACACAUCCGCUGUGCCACGCCGUCGACGUCUACUUCUGCACUGUCGGCCUCCCCAUCCUCGUCUCCCUUGCCGUCCUCGCCCUCAACGAGCUCCGCGACGACCCUUGGCGCUCCGACGUCCCAAGCCCCAGCCCGCGCUACUCUUAUACAGCCGCCCCUGCCUCUCCCCACUGCCACGCCCGUCUCUCUCCUCCAUCUCCUACGCAACCGCUUCAUCACCAGCAUCACCCCGUUUCGCCCAAGCCAGUAGGCCCCGACAACUCCAGCCCAGACAGUCACCCUCCAGCCGACAAGAUGGUCGCCGACGCCCUCGUCUACCAUCCCACGAUGGCCCACCUUCUCAAGUACACCUCGACCGUAACCGGCCGCGACAAGGUGCUCCGUACCCUCCAGUACUUUGCCCGCUUCUACGCCUGGUACCUCUUCCGCACCAACGGCACAAAGGACGAGAUCGCCCCCUGGGAGACCAUGAAGAAGCAGUUUGGCACCACCCGCAAGCUUCUCCGCGUCGGCAAGAAUCUCGAGCAUAUCAAGGCUGCCGCUGUCGCCGCCGACUCCAAAACGCUCGACCCCGUCCUGCGCUAUCUCGCCAUCGGCCGUCAGCUCGGCUACGCCGGCUAUCUGUCGCUCGACAUGGCCACCGUUCUCCACGCCACCAGCAUCCGCAAGUGGGAGGGCGCCAAGAGGGCCCAGCAAGAGGCCUAUCGCUUCUGGGCCAUCGGUCUGCUGUGCAGCGCCAUCGCUCAGCUGUACACACAGUACAAGCUCCGCGAGCGUGAGGGCCGCAUCAGCCUCAAGGACGGCGAGGGUGUCGUCGAGAAGAAGAAGAUUGAGAAGGAGCGCUCCGUGAGCCAGCUCCAGCUGUUCACUGACUUGUGCGACAUUACCGCACCCGCGUCUGCCCUCGGCUGGGCCAACUUUGACGACGGCUUCGUCGGUCUGGCUGGUACCAUGAGCUCGCUCAUCGGCGUCUGGAGCCAAUGGCAGAAGACGGCAUAAACGAUGCCCAUUUGCACCGACUGCAAGCGAACCACGAAU